AUGGUGCUAGGCGGGGAGAUACCACAGAUGCCUAGAGACAACAUCUUCACACCAAGCCACGGCUCCAGAAAAAAUGCAUCCAAGGUCAUGGUGGUACUCACCGAUGGGGACAUAUUUGAGGACCCACUCAACCUCACUACUGUCAUCAAUUCCCCAAAGAUGCAAGGUGUUGAGCGCUUUGCCAUUGGGGUGGGAAAGGCAUUUGAGAAUAAUAAGACCUACAGUGAAUUGAAGCUGAUCGCCUCAGACCCCGAUGACAGAUAUGCCUUCAAGGUGACCAACUAUACAGCCCUGGAUGGACUGCUGAGCAGACUGCAGCAGAAUAUAAUUCAGAUGGAAGGCAUGGUUGGAGAGGCCCUCCACUACCAGCUGGCACAGGUCGGGUUCAGUGCCCAGAUCCUGGAUAAGGGGCAGGUGCUGCUCGGUGCCGUCGGGGCCUUUAACUGGUCGGGGGGCGCACUGCUCUACGACAUGCACAGCCGCCGGGGUCGCUUCCUGAACCAGACUGUGGCGGAUACCAAGAAUGCGCAGUACAGCUAUCUAGGUUACGCAGUGGCCCUACUGCAUAAGGCCUGUGGCCUCUCCUAUGUGGCGGGGGCUCACGGUACAAGCAGCGGGGGGCCGUGUUUGAGCUCCAGAAGCAGGGCAGAGAGACCAACUUCGUGCCAGUGCUGGAGGGAGAGCAGAUGGGAUCCUAUUUUGGCUCUGAGCUGUGCCCUGUGGACAUACAUGGAUGGGACCACGGACCUCCUGCUGGUGGCGGCUCCAUUCUACCACGUUCACAGAGAGGAAGGCAGAGUCUAUGUGUACCAUCUGAACGAGCAGAAUGGUUCCUUCUCCUUGGCAUGCACUCUGAGUGGGCACCCUGGAUUCAUUAAUGCCCGAUUUGGCUUUGCCAUGGCAACAAUAGGGGAUAUCAGUCAGGAUAACCUCGCAGAUGUGGCCAUUGGGGCCCCCCUGGAGGGUUUUGAGGCAGUUGAUGGCAUCAGCUUCGGCAGCGUGUACAUCUACAAUGGACGCCAGGAUGGCCUUUCAACUAGCCCCUCUCAGCGGAUCAAAGCCGCAGCGGUCGCCUCAGGACUCCACUACUUCGGCAUGUCAGUGGCUGGUGGCUUCGAUCUGACCGGUGACCACCUUGCUGACAUCACUGUGGGCACUCUGGGCCGGGCAGCUGUGCUCCGCUCAAGACCUGUGGUUUACCUGAAGGUGUCCAUGACCUUCACCCCCAAGGCACUGCCCAUUGGCUUCAACAGCAGUGUGAAUGCAUGUUUGUGUUUUGAAAUCAGCCCUAUGACCACAGCUGCUAAGUCAGGCUUCAGAGAGACACUCCUAAACUUCACGGUGGAUGUGGACGUGGUGAAGCAGAGGAAGAGGCUGCAGUGUUCAGACAAGAGAAUUUGUCAGAGCCACCUUAAGGAGUGGGAUGGCGGUGUGUCCCGGCUUUGUGAGUCCCUCCUGCUCAUUCCCACAGAGGGAGAGCUCUGUGAGGAGGACUGCUUCUCCAACAUCAGUGUCAGCGUCAGCUACCAACUCCAGACCUCGGAGGGCCAGAGGGACCAUCCCCACCCUGUUUUGGACUUCUACACUAAGCCCUUCGCCAUCUUCCAGCUGCCCUAUGAGAAGAAUUGCAAGAAUAAGUUGUUCUGUGUUGCUGAGUUACAGUUGGCCACCACUACCUCUCAGCAGGAAUUGGUGGUGGGUCUCACAAAGGAGCUGACUAUGAACAUUAACCUAACUAACUCUGGGGAAGAUUCCUACAUGACGACCAUGAGUUUGAAUUACCCCAGAAACCUCCAGUUUAAGAGGAUACAAAAGCCUUCUUCUCCAGACAUGCAGUGUGAUGACCCUAAGCCAAAUGCUUCUGUGCUGGUCAUGAACUGCAAGAUUGGUCACCCUAUACUCAAGAGGUUGUCUGCAAACUUUUCAGUAGUUUGGCAGCUAGAGGAGAAUGCCUUUCCAAACAGGACAGCCAACAUCACUGUGACAGUCACCAAUUUCAAUGACAAAAAGUCUUCAGUCACACAGAGCCACAGCCUUCAAUUCAAGCAUGCCUUCAUUGCAGUUCUCCCUAAACCUUCAGUGAUGUACAUGAACACAAGCCAGGGGCUUUCUGUCUACAAAGAAUUCCUCUUCAAUAUACAUGGAGAAAAUCUGUUUGGAGCUGUAUUCCAGCUGCAAAUUUGUGUUCCAAUCAAAUUACAAGCUCUCCAAUUUAUAAGAGUGAAAAACGUGACAAAGAUUCAGGCCCACACCGAGUGCAAGUCUAGUCAGAAGUCAGACCGCUGUGGGAGCGAUCCUGCUCGGUAUGUGGAAGAAUGGUAUUCAGUGAACUGUACCAUCACUUCGAAUACAGAAAACGUAACAGUGGCCGCGGAGCUGUCCUUGAAUCAAUCUCAGCAGUUACCAAGAGGUGUAACUGAACUGCAGAUCGUUGGUGAAAUAUCUUUCAACAAAUCUCUAUACGAGAGGCUGAAUGCAGAGAACCACAGAACUAAGAUCACUGUCAUCUUCCUGAAAGAGGAGUAUUAUUUGUCUGUCAUCAUUAUUAUUGGAAGCAGUGUUAGUGGCCUUCUGGUUUUGACUGCGAUUGUAAUCAUCCUAUUCCAGUGUGGCUUUUUUAAAAGAAAAUACCAACACCUGAACUUGGACAGCACAAGGAAGACCCAGCUGAAAUCCAAGAAUCUGCUCGUAGAAGAUUAGGACCAGGUUCCUCAUCUGUUGGGAGAGAACAUCAACCAGUCUUGGUGUCGUUCCUUUUUUUUUUUUUUUUUUUAAAGAUGAUCUAGAGUAGAAUCUAACAAAUUAAUUGUGGAAUAUUGUUUUUUAACCAUACAUUGUACUAAAAGUGUUUGUGUGUUGUGCAGAAAAUAAACUUGGUAAACAUCUGAUAUUAAAUAAAAUUAAAC